GUACUUUUCCACCUUUUCUGAUUGUUGUGCUUGACAAAAACUGGGCUUUUUCAACAUUCAUUUCAUGGGAAACUAGUAGUUCUUUUUGGUUAUUUUCUGUGCCAUUGACAUUUGACAAUGCAGGAAGUGACUUUUAGGGGAAAUGGGGAAAUGGGUGUGAGUUAGUUUAGAGGGAAUUCAGUUACUGUGUCAGACUGUAACUGGAUCCGUUCAGACGGUUAAGUUGGCUGUUGGGUUCUUGGUGUGUGCUCACAAGAAUAUAAGUUUGUCACAAGGAAGUUUUUCUGGGAAAAAAGUUGAAGACUCUCAACUGUUAUAGUGAUUUUUUAUUCUUUUAGCUUAUAUCUGAGAGGUGUUUGAAGUUUUGUCUCUUAGAGAGAAGGAGAAUCGGGGUCUUGUUCCUUACUACUUACGCCCUUUUUCUCUUUGUGAAAUGGAUGUAUCAGCUGGGGGUCACAGAGUAGCAGCUGAAGUUGUAAAGGCCAGCGAUGGAAUUGAUCAAGUUGUGCUCCAAAACGGUCGAGGGGCUUCUGCUAGGGUUAGCUUGCAUGGAGGCCAGGUUCUUUCAUGGAAAACCCAUUGGGGAGAAGAACUGUUAUUCACAAGUAGUAAGGCGAUCUUCAAGCCACCAGUAGCAGUGAGAGGAGGAAUUCCUAUUUGUUUUCCACAGUUUGGAAGCCAUGGAACGCUGGAGCAACAUGGAUUUGCUAGUAACAAGAUUUGGAUUAUCGAUGAUAAUCCUCCUCUGCUGCCUCCCAAUGAUUCCAAUGGCAAAGCCUAUGUUGACUUGCUGCUCAAACCAACCGAAAAUGAUCUGAAGUUUUGGCCACACAGUUUCGAGUUUCGUCUUAGGGUGUCUCUGAAUGUGGAUGGGCAUCUAACCCUAAUAUCACGCAUUAGGAACGUCGAUGGCAAGCCUUUUAGUUUCUCCAUUGCGUUUCAUACAUAUUUCUCCAUAUCAGACAUCAGCGAAGUGAGGAUAGAGGGGUUGGAGACUCUCCACUAUCUUGACAACUUACUCCAGAAAGAGCGUUUCACGGAUCAAGGAAAUACGUUAACAUUUGAAUCUGAGGUGGAUCAAGUUUAUGUUAAUUCUCCAGAUAUAGUUGCAGUUUUUGAUCAUGAAAACAAGAGAACAUUUUUCAUAAAGAAGCAAGGACUUCCAGAUGUGGUGGUGUGGAAUCCAUGGGACAAGAAAGCCAAGGCCUUGGUUGAUUUUGGGGAUGAUGAGUACAAACAGAUGCUGUGUGUUGAUGGGGCAGCAAUCGAGAAACCGAUCACCUUGAGGCCAGGAGAGGAAUGGACAGGCAGGCUAGAAAUUUCUGUCAUCCCCUCAACUUAACCUGAGUUUUCUGAGAAUGAACCAAAACCAACCCACUUCCUGCUGCUGCUAAUUACAACAACUAGUGUUGGAUUUGGAAUCCGGGAUCGAAUAAAACGGUAGAUUAUUUCUGCUUCAUGAGUAUACAGUCUGAUCAUUUUGAUCAUCUGGGCAGUUGUUCAGUUGCAUGGAAGUAGUGGAUGGAGUAAUUUUGCUUCAUGACUGUAUAGUUUGAUCCAUUUGAUCAUCUGGGUAGUUUUUUUGUUCCAUGGAAGUGGAGAUUUCUACAGUGUAGUUUCAUUGCUUAAAAAUGUAUAAAUGUUGUUGUGAUUACCUACGUUCCUUUCUUUUUCAA